CUCAACUGGUUUCUGAGACAAAAUUUAAAAUUUAGAAAUUGUUCUUAUGUAUAUAUAACAACGUUUCUGCUUCACCAAACCAAAGCAGAUUUUGACUUGAAGAAGCUUCGAAAGACAAAGUUACCAGCUAUCAGGUGUUAAUACAACAACAAGCACUAUGCGGAUUCUCGGUCGCAACUAUUCGCUCGGCAUGUCCGACCUGCGGACUCUCCCAUUUUGGCGCGGAGUAUUCGGGGAGUUCAUCGGAACAUUCUUCUUUCUCCUCUCUUGUCUAAUCGGAGUAUGGAGUCCAAAUGACUUGGUAGCUGGAUCUCUCGGAACUGGACUGUGUAUUGCUGUGUUGGUCCAUAUGAUUGACAGUGUUUCAGGAGCGAACAUCAAUCCAGCUGUAUCUGUUGCACUCCUAGCCAACGGACAGAUCUCACUCUUCAGAUGUGCAUUCUACAUACUGGCUCAAAUCGGGGGAUCUGUAACUGGAUCCGGACUGGUACUCCUGAUGACGAGUGGUUCCUCUUUUAAUGAUACUACUGUGGAUGGUGGUGUGGAGUUUGACAGCUGUGUUCCCAAGAUGGAAGUUGGCUAUGAGUGGCAAGGGAUGGCCUACGAGUUUCUGUUCACGGGCAUGCUCAUCAUGCAGGUUCUUCGCUGCACUGACGAGGCCCGACCAGUGCAGAAUGGAAACAUAGCACUCAGUGUGGGUCUGGUGGUGGUCGUGACUAACUUAUGUCUCAUACCCAUCACUGGGGGUCCCAUAAACCCUGCGCGCAUUACUGGACCAGCUAUCGUAUCUGGCCAGACGUCCCAACUUGGCUUCUACUUGGUGGGUGAGUUCGCUGCUUCUAUCAUCACCCCACUUGUGUAUUGCCCCCUGUUGACUGGGAUACCACCCAGAGAGGACAAACCGGGAAGAGGAGGAGGACAAGGCUGAUAGAAUAACUCUGUGACAGAUGAGCAACGAUGUGCGAGUUACAACAACAUUGCAUACACACACAC